AUGCCUCACUCGUUCGGUACCAGGGCGCGCACGCGUCACAUGUUCAAGCGCCAGUUCCGCCAGCACGGUGCUCCCUCGCUGAACGUCUACCUCACCACCUACAAGGUCGGUGACAUUGUCGACAUUGUCGCCAACUCGUACCAGCAGAAGGGUAUGCCCCACAAGUUCUACCAUGGCAAAACCGGAAUUGUGUUCAACGUUGCCCCCCGUGCUGUCGGUGUUAUCUGCUACAAGGUCGUUAACGGCCGCUACAUGGAGAAGCGCGUCAACGUCCGCAUCGAGCACGUCAAGCACUCCAAGUGCCGUCAGGAGUUCCUCGACCGCGUCAAGUCGAACGCCGCCGCCAAGAAGGAGGCCAAGGCCAAGGGCGAGGUUGUCGUCCUCAAGCGUCUCCCCGCCCAGCCCCGCGAGGCCCGCACCGUCUCCACCAAGAACAACACCCCCCAGACCCUCGCCGCCCUCCCCUACGAGACCACUAUCUAA